CCAUCUUCUCGUUUCCCGUCAGUCCCGUCCCUCGGUGGGGACCCGCGGAGAGCCUCGGCGGGCUGACGACCCGGAAAGCCGGUGUGCGGGGCGGCGCUGGCCCCGGCUCACUCCGGGCUCCGGUCCCGGUGCUUCAGCACUGCAGACAUGGCAGAGUUUGGGAUCUCGGCUGGCCAGCGCGUGGCCGUGGUCUGGGAUAAGUCAUCCCCCGUGGAGGCCCUGAAAGAGCUGGUGGAUAACCUUCAAGUGCUGACUGGCAGCGAAGGCCAGGUGUCUGUGGAAAACAUCAACCAGCUGCUGCAGUCUGCUCACAAGGAAUCCAGCUUUGAUGUUAUCAUGUCGGGGGUAGUCCCAGGAAGUACCAGUCUGCACAGUGCUGAGAUUCUGGCUGAGAUGGCCCGGAUCCUUCGACCUGGGGGAAGCCUUUUUCUGAAAGAGCCAGUAGAGACUGCUGUAGUUAACAAUAGCAAAGCGAGGACAGCAUCUAAACUGUGUUCAGCCCUGACUCUUUCUGGCCUUGUGGAGGUAAAAGAGCUGCAGCGAGAGGCUCUGAGCCCCGAAGAGAUGCAGUCUGCGCAGGAGCACCUGGGGGCCAGCAGUGACAGCCUACUCUCUGUUCAGAUCACAGGCAAAAAGCCCAACUUCGAAGUGGGUUCCUCCACUCAGCUUAAGCUUUCCAUCAGCAAGAAGUCUCCUUCAGUGAAGCCUGCUGUGGACCCAGCUGCUGCCAAGCUCUGGACCUUGUCAGCCAAUGACAUGGAGGAUGGGAGCGUGGAUCUCAUUGACUCUGAUGAGCUGCUGGAUCCAGAAGAUUUGAAAAAGCCAGAUCCUGCCUCCCUGAGGGCUCCUUCGUGUGGGGAAGGGAAGAAGAGGAAAGCCUGUAAAAACUGCACUUGUGGCCUUGCUGAAGAGCUGGAAAAGGAAAAGUCCAAGAGCCAGAGCUCGCAGCCCAAGUCAGCCUGUGGAAAUUGCUACCUGGGCGAUGCCUUCCGCUGUGCCAGCUGCCCCUACCUCGGGAUGCCAGCCUUCAAACCUGGGGAGCAGGUGCUCCUGAGCAACAGCAACCUUCAUGAUGCCUAGGGGACCCCCACGGGACACAGCUCCUCCCUCCGCUCCUACCCCACCUCUCUCCCGCCACUGUGGCCCCCCCGCCGGCUCCUCACUCCCUGCUGAAAUCAUUUGCGGGGAGGGUGCUGCCGACUGCAGCCGGCUGGGGCAGCUGUGUGGCGUUUAGUGCUGCUACGAGUGACUGACCAAGGCUGAGGGGUUACGUCCUGCAGAAAUCCCACCCCUGUGGCAACUCAGUGACGCACCUCAUCCUCCCUGGGAGCGAGGCCACUCACUGCAGGGCUUAGAGCCAUGAGCCAGCCGCUCAAGGCUUGAGCCCCAAAGGAAUCACUCCGUGGUUCCUGUGGUCUCACCCGUGUCCCUCUAGUGUCACAUCUGUGUCCUUUCAUAAUUUCUGUUGACCAACAAGUAUUAAACUUGCAUACUUCUGUGUGUCCAUGG